GUUUUUUUUUUUUUUUUUACUACAUCGAAUCGGGACAUGAAUAUGGAUAACGCUGAAUAUACAUCGCAAUGCACAUAUUUACAUUACGCGUGGAACAAGCUCGGUGAAAAACUAGGUCACAAACAGACAAGGCCAUGCCAAUCUAGUUUAUUAAUAAACUUUAUACAUCUUCUGGUACUUUACAUACAAAAACCACGCGUUAUAAUUCAUCGUGAUAUUUUGAUCAUUCGAUGGCUUAAAUCUGUAUGACACAAUUAUCCAGCUUGUGAUUGGUCAAAGUAAAAGGCGAAUGAACAUUAGCUCCUCCCAUAUUUUGAUAAUGUCUAUAAGCGUACUUACCUUGUGUUCUUGUGUACAAUGUAGUAAAUGUUCUCGAACGAGAUGGCCAUAUCACUUAUUGAAGCAAUUCGUAGCGGCAAUAUUACACUAGCGAAAAAAUUAUUAGCACAGAGGAGAUUUACAUGCUUAGAUUCACAGACCGCACGGACUGACGGGACGGCUCUGUACUGGGCCUGCUGCUUGGGAUAUUUAGGACUGGCUCAGUCUCUUCUGGAGCAGGGGGCGAGCCCGAACAUUCUGACCUCGUGGAAAGGAUCCCCCUUGCAUGCUGCUUGUGACAACAAUCAAGUUCAAGUUGCACAACUGCUUUUGGAGUAUGGGGCCAACAUUAACCAACAGAUGAAGAGCGGGGACACAGCCUGCCACCUGGCGGCUUACAGGGGGCAUUCUCUGCUAGUCCAGCUUCUGGUGGAGAACGGAGCCUCACUACGAGUGGUCAACAACAAGUUCAGAACACCCCUGGAGGAAGCCCAGAACAAGGCUCACAUAGACAUCGCUCGAUACCUCUCGGCAGUUAACAAAAUCCGCUCUGAAUCACAACAUCCCUACACUAAGACAGAUUGGGAGUCCCAGAUUACAUCAUCGGUGCACCAGUUUGUUAGUGAAAACGGCAAUGGAUAUUAUAGCGAACAAAAUUCGGAUUUCACAGUUCCAUCCGAAAACAAUCUGUCGCUCUUAUCCCAUAGCGAGCCUUCCUCAAAAAUGACUUUCCGGAAUCUUUGAAAGCCCUUUCUUCGACACAUUUUUAUUCAUUAUGUGAGAACAUUAGAGCAUAACGAAUAGAGAUAACACACAGGUAAACACUCGAUAUUUUUCCGGAUCGACAUUGGAUAAAGGUAUUCAAUGGUGCACAACAAGGAUGUCAAACGCGCUGUGAUUGGUGGAAUUUUUCAAUUCAUUUCCUGGUUGUCCCGCGACACAGCAUAAUACCCAUUGAUUAUUUGAUCCGUAAAUACAUCGAUGGUCACUUACAAUUCCCCUUUUGAUUUAGCGGAAUACAAUACUCGAUUGAGACAGCUCAGUGAUUUGUUAUAUACAUAUAUACGUCGUUAUUCCCAUUUUGACUUUAAAUGUUGUUAUCUCCAUGUUGUUAUUGAAUGGUGCUAAUUUUUAAGCAAUUACAGUCCCCUACAUCCCUAUAUUUUAUUACUAUAUGAGACCAUUUGUCUUUCAAGUGUAUAUUCUAAGUCGUUGGAGUUUAUAUGUAGAGGUAUUGUGUUUACUGGAAACACGGUGUGUUUCUUGCUGUUGUUACUUAUUUUUUUCAACAUUGUUAUACGUAAUAAAAUCUGAAAAAGACA